AUGCACGUUCUUGUUAUCGGUGGCAGUGGACGCACUGGCAAGCUUACUAUCAACGAGCUUCUUAGCAAAGGACAUCAAGUUACUACUCUCGCCAGAAACCCGUCCGCAUUGGAAACCCUUCCCGGCUUGAACAUCAUCAAAGGAACACCGACAGACCUAACAGGCGUUCGAACUGCCUUCAAACAUAACAUCCCAGGCGCAGUGAUCGUGACUCUAAGCGCCCCCAGGGCCACAGAGAGUCCCUUCUCGGCUCCUAAUCCCGACCCUCGUCUUAUGACCAACUGCAAUGAGCACGUGGUCACGGUCAUGAAAGAGUAUGGCGUCCGCAAGAUCGUCAUCAUGCAAGCGUUUGGCGUGGCUGAGUCGUGGUCUAACAUGCCCUGCGCGAUGCGUCUGCUCAUGAGCAAGUCGAACAUGAUCUACCAAUACAAUGAUCAUAAUGAGACAGAACGUCUAAUUCGGGCUAGUGGACUGGACUAUGUCUUUGUUCGUCCCACUCGUCUGGUGGAGACUGACGAAGAGAAGGUGAAGGUGUGGCCGAAUCAUGGCAAAGGUGUUCCUUUGAUGGCCACUAUCAGUCGGAAAUUUGCCGGAAUCGCAGCCAUGGAUGAUAGCCAAAUAUCUCGCAAACGGCCUCGGCCUGUAGUCUCGUGUUUGCGAUGCAGGGAGAAAAAAUUGAAGUGUGACCGGCUGUCUCCAUGUGUGAAUUGCACGAAGGCUGCAUGCCCUGCAGAAUGCACGUAUAGUCAAGGCUCAGGGGCUUCCGAUCGACCUGCCAAGGCUAGACGAGCCCCGACUAGUACGGACGCUGUGACAAACGACCAGCAUCCUGACCGGCGGAGCGAGGAACCAGGAAAUGUUGGGGUUAGUGGCAUUAUUGAAGAUCUCCAGCAGCGGGUUGCUAAGCUAGAGGAACUUCUUUCUGUUCGGUCCGGCUCUGUGAACUGCAAUCAAGUGCCGGGGGUUUCAAUUCCAGAUGUCAGAGAUGAAAUCGAAGAGUCAGAAGUAUCAGUUUCACUCCAAGGUACGGUUGUGGUGAAGGGGAACCGAACUCGGUACCACGGUCAGAAUACUAGAGGCUCGCUUCUAAAACAGUUCCCGGAUGCCAAGCGGUACAUUGAUCAAUUCAUCCAAGAUCCAGUCAUGAUGGGUUUGGCUAAGGAAGUUCAGUUCCUUCAAAAUAAGUCGCGAGGGGCGUCAAAUUCUCCCGCGAGUGUCUUAGGUUCCGAAUUCUCUCCAGAGCUGAUGCAACUUCGAACACACCUACCUCCUAAAGCGGUAUGUGACCAGCUGGUGGAGUUAUACUGGCGUAAUUUUGAAGGGGUGUUGCGAGUCCUCCACAUACCUUCUUUUCUUCGCCAAUACACGCAGUUCUGGGCCGAUCUUGACAGUGACAACGACCGGUCGAGUGUUUUUCUUCCUCUCAUUACAGCUGUUAUGACAGUGUCAAUUAAGGUGGCCGAUCCUAACACUAAACUGGGCAAUCAACCGGCGUGGGAGUACCUUAAUAACGCAGCGGUUAAUUUCAUUCGAAUGUGGCAGUGUACUCUCGGCAGGAAACAACAAACAGAAAUUGCCACGCUGCAGAUUGGAGUGCUCGUUGUAAUGGCUCGUCGACUCCGGUUAGAGUCUGCAGAAGAGAUAUGGAGGGCCACGGGCACUCUAGUUCGCUCGGCAAUGGUGGUGGGGCUUCACUUGGACCUUUCCCAGUACAGAAACCUACCUGUCUUUCAAGCUGAGAUUCGACGUCGGUUGUUGAUUACAAUCGCGGAAAUGGACCUCCAGGCAUCUAUUGAAUCAGGAAUGCCAGUUAUGAUGCCAGAUCUUUAUUAUGGAGCGCUCUCUCCUGCUAACCUCGACGAUGCCGACUUCGACGACUCGACGGUUGAGCUACCACCUAGCAAGCCUUUGCAUGAAGAGACAAAGUCUCUCACACAGGUAAUUCUUGCUAGGUCGCUAAGGGCCCGUAUCAAUAGUAUGAUGUUUUUAAAGGAUGUUGGUCCGAGGAAGAAAAUCAAGGCAAGUCUGGAAUAUGGACGAGUGAUAUUAGAAGAAGAGUUACAACGGGUUCCGGAUUCACUCAAGCUGGACUGCAAUACUCAAGGUGAUGAGACACCAGGACGUUUGCUAAACCUCAUUCUACUGGAUAUUCACAUCCGCAGACCCCUGCUUUGCCUUUACCGAUCGAUAGCUAUGCUUGAGGAUGAAGAGGCAGAAGGAUACCAUGCACUACAACAAUUGUGUCUGGAAUCGUCGUUAGCGAUCUUAUCAUACCAGGAUUAUUUUGAUCCCAGAGUGGCUGAUCUGGAUAUCUCCAACUCGAAUGUUUAUUGGGAUCUCUUCCAGGCACUCUGCAAAAAUGACAUUCUUUGGGCUGCGCUGAGUGUAUGUGAGCAUAUAAAGGCUUCUGGACAAAAUCAACACUCAGUGCAGACCCCAUUCGGUAACCACAGUGUUGGUUCUUUGGCCAAACAUACGCAGAAUCCUAGCAAGGCUAGCAUGAUACGCACGAUCGAAAGCACGCUGGAUGCUUUGAUUCGGAGACUUGGCGACUCCGGUACCAAUAUGAAAGACAUUAUCCUUCUUACAAUCAUUCUCCAAUCAGUGCGAUCUCGAGGCUCUGCUCAAGCGAAAGAUCAUUGGAUGCAAGAAGGGGCAAAGAAGGCUUUCGCGGCCUGUAGACAGCACUUACUUCCUUCCGUGGCAAAUGAGUUUGCAGCAGGGAAUGUUGCCGAUCUCGCGCAAAUGUUUCACCCAAACCAGGCAUUGUUUUCUUCUAACAAUACAACUGGAUUCACGCCUCAGAUUCAAAUGCCAGGUCUUCUAGGACCUUCUUCUGCUUUGCUUGACGAAUUCAACGAUUUCCAAGAAAACAUCUUUUCCUUCGACGACGCGUCAUUUGCGUGGAACCCAUAA